AUGUUUCCCACCUUUACUGGCAACUCGAGAAAAGGUCGAAAUGUCAACCUCAGCGGUCAACGGACCAGUAACCCUUUCACCAGCACGUCAUGGGGCGCCAGUUCAGCAGCUGGGGCUUCCAAAACAGUAGCGCAUGCCCAAGCAGAACGUCAACAAAGACAGCACGAAAGAGAUCGGAUCAGGGCGGCGCAACGGAUACAGCGAACAUGGAGGGCACAUCGCGUGCGACGGAACCUACGAGAUGAGCGGCGCCAGGCUAUCGAUCGUCUGUACGAAGCCCAACCCGUGGAUGCUAGCCAGAGGUCAGCAAAGGCAUUGCCUUUGGUGUUUGCUACCUUCCAGGCCUUCGACGUACAAGACCGUCAUAGGCUAGCUUUGGUCACCCAGGAUUGCUUUCAAACAGACUUCAUCGCCUUUAGCUCGGGAGUGGUAGAUUUGGUCAGAGUGGGCAAGCUAAUACGGAUACUGCUUGCUGCUUUGACGAGGUGCGAUCUCGAGAACGAGCAGAACGAGGUGGCUCUUUUUCUACGAGCCCUUGGUGCGAUCGGGACUAAGGCGUCAGACCUCAAAACGUUUGAACAAACUCUGGGACAGUGGUACAACGUGCUUGGGAGGUUAUGCCAGGAGACUGGUUUGCCCUCCUCUACCCAAGAGAUAAUUUGCAGUCUCGUGGUUGCACCGCUUGAUGUACCCCACGGUUUAGAUUCCAUCAAACAUACAGCCUACCAAAACUUGGUUGUUUCUGUUCUGACACAACCCGACCUGGCGCGAUGCUCGAAUCUGUUGACGAGACUAGCCGACAGCAUAGACCUAGAUCGGCUGUCGAAUUAUAUCAUUGACCUCUCGCAUAAGCUUCAAAAGCAUGAUCCGAACGCUAUCCUCUGGCUGAUCGCACACUACAUUGCCAUUAAGGGGGCGAAGGAGCAACAAACCUCACGGCUUCUAUUGAUCAAGACCCUAGAAUCACUCUUCCCUCUGUGUUCGGCUCAAAUAAGGUCAGGUUUUGCUGUUGUUCGGCCAAAAGGAUCGGAAUACUUUUCCGAAUCCGAGCAAGAUGGAACAGACGCUCUGCCCCCUUUCGUCCGACAACAGCUUCAGUCGCUAGUUGGUAAAGGAGCCAUCCAAGACCUUCUAAGUGCUUUUACUGCAACUACCGGGAAGACAUCUACUUCAGCGGAUGACGACGCCAGUCACCUGGCUGGCUUCAUCAUUACGUUGAUCAACAUCUUCCCUGCUUUUAGCGAGGAUAUUCGCAUGUACCUUUAUGUGGCUGAUAUCGCAACUGCUGAAGGUGGUGUCCCAGCGGCCAAGUACUUCUGGAAUGCCACACAGAAGACGUCCGUGUUCUCCGAUAUCGCGCCAAGUAAAAACUCUACACUCGAAUUCCUUCGACGCAAGCCAGCAUCACCAGCAGCUGAAAUGGUGUGGCAUCGAGAAUGGAAAACCGUUCUUUUGUUCCUCGAAUCUUUCAUUUUCGUUUUGCGGCUCAUGGACGACGAUGACUUCUUCAGCGCCCUAAACCCCCACCAUGGCUUCGGCGGCCCUUCCUCUCGACUGCGUCUGGCGUCCAUGUCGCUCGGUGAACUGAAGCUCUUGACGCAAUUUCUCAAGCACCUCAGUUUCACAAUGUACUACAACGCUGAAGAGCUACUGACUGACAGCCCUUGGACCGAAAAGCGAAAUUCGACUCGCCCGAGAGGCGAUGGCGCUCAAGCUUCCAAGGCCGACAGCUUCCUUCCUCCCGCCGGGGUCGACUUUACUACGCUCAGAGACUUAGCUACGACAGCCAUGAAGAUGCUUUACGAGCGGGACUCAAGACGACCAUUUUUGCCCGAAGGCCACUGGCUGAUGACAUCCAAGUUCGACAUGGAGGGAUUUCUUGCGGCUGUGGUUCUUGAAGAGCAAAGACAACACGAGCUGAGGAACAACGAAGAUGGCGAGGACAGCUCGGAGGAUGAUCAAGAAGGAUGGUCUCACUAUGCGCAGCUUGAGAACCUCAGGCAAAAGAAUAAGAAGCGCGCCCGCAAUCACUUGAUGUCUGCGAUAACUCCGAAGCUUGAGAUCCUGCGCAAUAUGCCUUUUGUUAUCCCAUUUGAGACGCGCGUUCAGAUCUUCCGACAGUUCAUUCAAUUGGACAAGCAGCGCAGACGCGGAGGAAAUGGCGACCCAGACAUGUGGAGAGCCCAUAUGAUAAACAGGAGCUUUGGUCCCCAGCACCCCUUGGGUAGACACUCGGCCAAGAUCCGGAGAGGCCGAGUUUUUGAGGAUGCUAUGAAACAGCUGUGGGCACUGGGCGAAGGACUCAAAGAGCCAAUCCAGGUCACGUUUGAAGACGAGUUCGGAAUGCAGGAGGCGGGUAUCGAUGGAGGCGGCGUCACCAAGGAAUUUCUCGACAGCGUGACCACGGAAGCCUUCACUCACACUGAACUCUUUGUCACGAACAGCAAGAACGCCUACUACCCCAAUCCCACCCUUAUUGAUCGGAUCAGACACAUGUGGACCGGGGAACCGGAGGAGACACAGGCUGCUGUUGAAAGGACACUCAAGGAAUACGAAUUCCUGGGCCGAGUCAUCGGAAAAUGCAUGUACGAGGGAAUCCUAAUCGAUAUCGUCUUCGCCGGCUUCUUCCUCCUCAAAUGGGCCGCCGCCAACGACACCCCAGGUGGCGGCAGUAACUCACCCGCAUCUGCCUCCGCCACCGGCGGCUACCGCGCCAACAUCAACGACCUUCGCGAACUCGACGAGGAGCUCUACCAAGGCAUGCUCAAGCUCAAAAACUACACCGGCGACAUCCAAACCGAUCUAGCUCUCGACUUUACCAUCACGGACCCUAUCAAUAUUCCCGGCGAACCCACCCGUACCAUCAUCCGGCCCUUAAUCCCCAACGGCGAAUCCAUCCCCGUCACCAACGAGAACCGACCCCUCUAUAUCUCCUACGUAGCCCGCCACCGCCUCGUCCGCCAACCCUACCCACAAACGCGCGCCUUUUUGCGCGGUCUAGGCUCCAUCAUCGACCCCUCCUGGCUCUCCAUGUUCAACCAACUCGAGCUCCAACGGCUCGUAGGCGGCGACUCCUCCGAAAUCGACGUCGAAGACCUCCGGCGUAACACGUACUAUAACGGCGUGUACGAGAUCGGCGACGACGGGGAGGAACACGAGACCAUCCAGAUCUUCUGGGAGGUGAUGCACGAGCUGAGAGACGAGGAGAGGAGGGAGGUGCUGAAAUAUGUGACGAGCACGCCGAGAGCCCCGCUGCUGGGAUUCGGGCAGUUGAGACCGAGGUUUACGAUUAGAGAUGCUGGGCGGGAUCAGGAGCGGCUGCCGAGCGCGAGUACGUGUGUUAAUUUGCUGAAGCUGCCGCAGUAUCGGAGUAAGAGGAGGCUGAAGGAGAAGUUGCUCUAUGCGGUUAAGAGUGGGGCUGGGUUUAAUUUGAGUUGA